GGGACAGCAAGGCGAAAGAAUCAACAGCACUGAUCCCACUAAACGUGCGCCGGGCAGACUUUCUGCUGGAUCCGCCGCGCGCCUGAUGCUCACUCAGCCCGCUCCGUGUGAAGGCGACCCGGGCUCUCCAUAAAUCAAUGCUGCGUUCCCACGCCGGAUGACAGGAACUCCAACUAGUUUGGACCAAUAGAGCUGCAGACAUCCACAGCCGCUGCGUGGAAAGUUGAAAUGGGCUGAUGUGGUGGCAAGCGUGCUUUGCGAUUGAUUGAUUUAUUUUUUUUCUAUAAAGACGCAGAAAAAGUCUGGAGGAAGUUCCCACGGAAAUCCUGGAUUAAUGUGAUUUUAGGUUGAUCCGCACACAAACCAAAAAUGUGACCACCUUUCCCCCAUUUAUCAGGUUUUUCACCUCUGGGACGUUUUUUUUUUUAAUCAAAGAAAGCUCUACAUGUUCAAAUUCCGUCUAAAGAAAACCCUCCAAAAUAAGAGCACCGAUGGAUUGAGUGGCUGUACUUUUGAGUUGGAGUGUAAAGUGCCUCAAGCAAGAUUGGGAGAUGUGUGAAGGAGCGUGAGGGACGGCCAUGGGACUGGAGAGUCAGAGGCUUCAGGCUGUCACCACUGCUGUAGCCAUCUGUCUUUUAUGCGUGUCUCCCGGUUUGGCAUCAGUGGUUCGUGCUCGAGAGGGAGCGUCUGCAGAGCUCGAGUGCAGUCUGGCCCCGACAUCCAAAGAAGGCACCAGCCCCAACCUCUUUCCACUGCAUGUGGUGGAGUGGGUGCGCCUCGGUUACAACGUCCCUGUCCUCAUCAAGUUUGGAGUCUACGCUCCCCGCGUUCACCCUAACUAUAAGGGGCGUGUGUCUCUGACCAGGGGGGCAUCUCUGCUUGUCGAGCAGCUGACCCUGGAGGACGAAGGCUGGUUUGAAUGUCGCAUCCUCCUCCUGGACAGCAAAAAGGAUGACUUUCAAAACGGCACAUGGACCUUCCUUUCCAUCACAGCUCCACCUGCGUUUAUUAAAACACCACCGACUUUUGUGGAGGUCCUGCUUGGAGACUCAUUGACCCUCAGCUGUGGAGCCCACGGAAACCCUCGUCCAACAGUUGUCUGGCAUAAAGAUGAGCGGCCAAUUGAGAAGCAUGAAAAAAUUAAAGUGCUGAACGGUAGUCUGUCUUUGGCUUCAGUCACAAGAAAUUUUUCUGGUGUGUAUAAAUGCCACGUCUCAAACUCAGAAGGGAAACUGACCCACUACACCCAGCUGCAGGUCCAAGGUCCACCAAUCAUCAUCAUUUCCCCAGAGGACACCACUCUCAACAUGUCCCAGGAUGCAGUUCUGCAGUGUCAGGCUGAUGCUUACCCUUCAAACCUCACAUAUGAAUGGUUAAAACAAGGACAGAAUGUCUACCAUAUUGAGUCACUUAAAACAAGAGUAAAGGUGUUGGUGGACGGAACGCUGCUCAUCCCCAAUCUCAUCCCCGAAGAUGCUGGCAACUACACCUGCAUCCCAACUAACGGCAUACUGGCUCCACCCAUGGCUUCUGCUCAUCUUAAAGUGAAACACCCAGCACGUGUUGGACGAAUGCCCCGAGAAACUUUAUUGCCGGCAGGUAUGGAGGGGGUCAUUAUCUGCCCCACUCAGGCAGAUCCCCCUGUGCUGUAUGUCAACUGGACCAAGGAUGGGAAUGAAUUGAAUCUUGACAAUUAUCCAGGUUGGAUGGUGAACUCGGAGGGCUCUGUUUUCAUAGCAACAGCCAACGACAAUGCUGUGGGCAUGUACACCUGUACUCCCUAUAACAGUUACGGCACCAUGGGCCAGUCUGAGCCCACUAAAGUGAUCCUGAAGGAUCCUCCUUCAUUUCGAGUGCCUCCUCUGCCCGAGUAUCUUCAGGAAGUCGGCCGAGAGUUAGUUAUCCCUUGUGAAGCUGCUGGAGACCCUGCUCCAAAUGUAACUUGGAGCAAGAUUGGCCCCACUCCUCGUUCACCCUUCACAGUGUUGUCUAACGGCUCCCUCCUGCUUCGGCCGCUGAGUAAAGAUCAUCACGGGGGGUGGGAGUGCCUGGCCACUAAUCGUGUAGCAACGGUCAGUGCGGGCACUGUUGUCAUGGUGCUGGGCACCAGCCCUCAUGCUGUGUCUUCAGUGACCGUCACCACAGAGUUGAACCAGGCAAAUGUGUCCUGGGUACCAGGCUUUGAUGGUGGAUACACCCAGAAGUUCACUGUGUGGGUCAAGCAGGCCUCUCGCGGGAAACACGAAUGGGCGUCUUUACCAGUACCAACAUCCAAAAGCUAUUUGCUUGUGACUGGGCUGCUUGCUGGAACUGGAUAUCAGUUCAGUGUUUUACCUCAAAAUAAAGUCGGCUCAGGACCAUUUAGUGAAAUUGUAACUGUGCGAACUAAAGCUGUGCCAACAGAGGUACCAGAACUUGUUACCACUUCCCAGUCCCUGGAUCCUCCUACAGUUCUGUCUGCCAACCGGACUGGACAAGGAGUUCUCCUGUGGUGGCAGGCUCCAGAGGAUCCGGUCUUUCCGGUCACUUCCUACGUGCUGCAGGCACGGAGGGACCAGGGCCAGUGGGUGAUCCUCACCAGCAGCAUCAGCGCCAACCAGAGUGUCUUACUAGUGCAGGGACUGCUGCGGGACUCCACCUAUGAUCUGAGGCUGAUGUCCCGCAGCAACAAAGUCCUCAGUCAACCCAGUGAGUCUGUGAGUGUAUCUACAGCAGGAAUGGAGAUUUACCCCCUCCGUUCGAGUUUCUUGGAGGUCAUCCCUCAAUCGCUGCUGGCCGGUGUGUUAGGUGGGGUGUGCUUUCUCUUUUUUGCCAUCAUCCUUUCAUUGGUGACGGCGUGCUACAUGAGUCAGAGGAGGCAGCGCAGACGCAGAAAAAGAAGACAAGAUUUGUCAACUGCUUUUCAGAAAAUCCAAUCUCAAGAGGCACGCUCACCUCCUCCCAGCCCUGACAGCGUCCUCAAGUUGAAGCUGUGUCCACCUCUGCCCUUUUUUCCCACCUCCUCACAGUCUGAUCGGUCCUCCUUUGACAGGGGCAGCCGCGGGGAAUACCAUGAUCAGCGCAAACAACUCCUAUCCAACUCCUCCCCGCCACCGCACUACACACUCUUCGAAAGCCACUUGGGUUCUCAGGCGCCCUCACGAACUGCUCUUGAGUCCAUCUCCAGAGGCCCAGACGGGCGCUUUAUUGUUCAGCCGCUGCCUGAGAGCUCAAGUCCCUCCAAUCUUAAAAAUCUGAGUAAGACUGUACUACAGAUUAAUGGUAGCGCUAGUGGCUCCGGAAGCAACAGAACAUCCUUUAGGGACUCUCCAAAGUCGAGCAUUUUAAGCUCGGAGAGGGACGAGAGGAAAGGAUCUCCACUCACCGUGGAUGUUCCGGAGCUGAGCAGGCCCCCUGCCUCACCUGGAAGAGUUCGAGCCAUGGCCAGAAAUUUCUCUCGUCACGGCUGCUUUUACUCUGACGACGAGCAGGGCUCUGAGACGCAUCUAGAAAGAGCCAGCUUUUACUCUGACAACAGCGAGAGGAAAAGCAGCGACUCUCACAGGAAGUACCGCAUGCCUGGCUGCGCUGACGACCUGCUGCCACACUUUGGAAGACCAGCAAAGCUGCUUGACAGAGGAGACCGGGACAAAGCUCAUCAUGCAGGCUACCAGGCUAUGGAAAGUCUGCUGACUGAUAACAGCACCAUGGUCUCGCAGCUGGACAGCGAGCUUGAGAAGGAAAGCAUUAGCAGGUGUGUGCAGCUGGCAAAGGAGAGGGAAGAAAUCGAGAGGGACUUGAAGAAGUAUGCUGCUGAUCAAAGACGCCGCAGAGGGAAAGAGGAGCAUCAGGCUCCCAAACUUGACAGCCCUCGAGGCCACGAGCCAAAGUCAGAGGAAGAGCCUGUGUGGAAACCGCAAGAUGUUGCUAUCAGACAGAAAAACCUGUCCUCAGGGGUCACAAGUCGAGUCUCGGACUAUAGGAAGGCAUGCUACUUUGGCAACACAAGCAGUCCCCUGGACCGAGUCCCAACCUCUCGCAUUCAGUGGGACAUUAGCCCAGUUACUUCUGUCCCCAGCCUCAUCCAAAAGUCUCACCAGACAACAUCAGAAACUACAGAUGAUUCUCCUGGUGAGGAUUCCUCGCGUUCUCCUGUCACCCAAAACACAUCCUUGCCUCUGCUGUCCCCUGACGCCACCUCUGAAAACUACACCCUCUGUUUGGAAAAAGCCGACUCAUCAUCGACUCCUCAGAGAAACCCACCUGAGCACACAAUGUCCAACUCUGAGCACAGGGGGGCACCUGUUCCUGAAUCCUCUAGACUCUGGGAGUUAGAACCCAGCAGUGCCUUGGUUACCAAAAAUGACAGUUCAGCAUCUGCAUCCUGUGAUAAGACUGAAAAAAGUGCUGAAGCAGACACAAGAGAUCCCUCUGGUUAUCCCACAUUAAAAUAUGAGCAUCAUGAAGUAGCACUGAGGGCCAAAGAGGGAGAAACUUAUUCUGAGCUGGAGCGAGAAGGUAACCGAGCGCGCUCCCGAAAGAGCGACAAAUGCCUCUUUUCCGAAAGUCCCACUCCCAUUUCAACUUUAACUCUUGUAGAAGAGGUGGAGAGUGACCAGUCUCAGUUAUCUGUGCCCAGAAUAUCAGAUUCCUUCAAAUCCAAGCCUGCAGUCCCAUCUCCCAAAAUUUCCCCAGUCCAGACAAGUGCAAUUCUAGAAUACUUGAGUCUUCCUGGAUUCAUUGAAAUGAGUGUGGAUGAGCCUGUGGAGGAAGCUCAAGUCACAGACUCUGCUGGACAAAGUUUGGAGCUUAAACGAAACGAAUCUGUCGUGGCUAAGCCUGACGUAGUCCCGAAAAACUGGGAGGUACAUGUUAAUGAGAAGCCAGAAAGAGUGUCAAGCAAAGAGCAAACCCAUUGUGUGAGUGCUGCAGAGUCCAGUCAAACUCAAAGCAGAAGUGCUUCCCAUGUGGAGACCAGAGUGAAAUUCCCCGAUGACACAAGAGCAUCCUCAUCUGGUUUGGAAAAAACAAGCAAGCAGCUCUAUGCUGAAAAAACUAGAAUUAGAGCAGCGAAUGCUAGUGCUGACCGGCCCGAAUCCAGACUUGGAUCCAGAUCAGCUCACACCUUGUUGAGUGCAGCUAAAGGAAUGGCAGACAUUGUGUCCAAACACUCUGAAGGUUUUGCAGACAGCAGGGAGUUUUCAUCAGAUCAAUCCCAAAGACAAGCUUCUCAAGGGAGCAGGACUAACAACAUUGUUUCACGUAUAACUCAAGUUCCUGUGCCGUUUUUAAAGAAGUCCUUCAGCCUGGGCCCCUGCAGGACUCUCUCUGGACAUCCACGUCCUUUCCUGAAAAAAUCCAUCAGUUUAGGAUCACAGAGGUGGGAACACUUUGAGACCCCGAGAACGUACAUUUCAGAAAGGUGCUACUGGGAUGAAUUCCCAAAUCCAGAUGUCAGGGUGAAGUCCCACAGCUUAGGCCGCACGCCAUCGUCCCUCCCCAUGCCAGGCCCCUCCUGGAGGGAAUAUAUCCCCCUCAGGCGUCCCAGUAUGGGGAGCUUGGAGAGGCCUCAUCAUGCUCACAGAUCUUUUGCUAGUCCUUCUUACCUCAGUCCUUCGAUGUAUCCACCCCAUCCAACCUCAGUCUCUCCCAUGCUGGAACCCUGUGAUCCACGCCGGCAAGCCGCUGUUUUCCCAGAAUCCUCUAGAUGGUCUCCGUCUUACCCAGAAGCCUUCAGGCCGCCUCAGCAUCCGUAUGUCCACAUGCCCGCCUCCAUUCCUGUUCCCAGUUACCAGCAUUGGCCUGGAUCUAGAGGGGAAAGCUUGAGACCUUUUGACUCCAGGAGGGGCCCUCCAAGGUCCUACCUGCCAAGGGGCAUCAGCUGGCCCUCCCCAUACUACACCCCCUCCCCACACAGGGAGGGAGAUAGCUACAGGCAGCCUGACAGGAUGAUGAGCCGGGGCGGGGACCCUGAUAUCAGGGAUGGGGGGAGGGCCAGUUACGCUAGUCAAAGUAGUGGCAGAGGCAGUGCCGGUUUCUUCAGACAGUCCCUGUCCAUGACCCCCACUCUGCUCAGCUCGCCAGAAACCACGGAGGAGAAUGAGCGGCACAGAGCUGAGAUGGAGCCGCCCGAGAGGAGAGUGAAAAGAAGGAACACAUCAGUAGAUGAGAGUUAUGAGUGGGAUUCUGCUGAUGCCUGUGUGGACUCAGAGGUCCUGGAGGCCACGCAGUUUGAUCAGAUGGGUCUGUGGCGCAGCAGGGGGGCGACAAGGUAUGAUCAAGCUGGUGGCCUCCAGGAUCAGAGACAAAGAGGCCCGUCUUCCCCAGUCAGCCCGCCAGUUUUCCACCCUCCUCGCUGCAAGUACAGCCGCUCACUAAGUGAAGCGCGCUUCAAUGCUCUCCGCCUGGAGUACCAAGAGUACAGGCGGGCUCAAGAGUCCAUCUGUUCCCAUGAGCCCGACCGUGACUCAGACUCUGACUCCAGCUCAGCGCUGCUCUAACAUCUGAACUCGGCUCAUCCAAGAAAGACUCUAAAAAGCAGUCAUAACAAAGAGAAAAGGCACUGCAGUCCUGCACACUGGAAACCUUGGAAGCGUUAAUCCUCAGUUACACUGGUUUGAGUUCUUCCUGCACUUGUUCUACUUGGUUAUACAUAAGGAAACAGGAAAGAUAUUCAUCUUUUUUGUCUAAAGUGCAGCUGCUGUAUUUUACAUUGUUACACCAUGACAAUCAAAAAUUAAAGAAAGAAAAAAAUCAAAAAAGUCCUAUAAAGAAAAUAAAUUGAGCUACAGUACCAACAAGAUAUUAAGAUCUUGCUUCAAAUCUUUUUUUAUCCAACAGUUCAUUUUUCACAUUUAUUAAGCUCUGCUAAUAAUAAUUAAAAUUAAAUUAAAAACAAAAAGUUAUCCCUCUAAUUGUGCCUGGGAUUCAAACUCCUGAUACAACACUGGUUAAAUUGUAGAACUCUAACUUUUCAUUAAAAAAACUAAAACCAUAGCCUAAUACAGAACUCUGCUGCAUCAAUCAGUUUAGUUUAUAGUUUUAUGUGUUCAUUAGCAGCUUUGAUUUACCUGCUUGUUGCUUAAAUGUCACACCUGUUCUGCUCUGCACGCCUCUCUGUAUCUGUUCAAAGUGUAAAGUUAAAAUAUAGUUUAAGAUGAAAUAAUUUGCUGCUGCUGUAAGUCUCUCAUUAUCGCUCCAAGACAUAACAAAUACAACUUCACUUCACCUGAUUCGGUCAAACGUUUACUCUCUGGUUAAGACAUUUUCCGUGGAAAACUUGAUGAAAUAAAAAUUUGCCUUACUUUACACCUUCUCUGUGAACUAGAACCGAACAGCAGGAAAAUAAUCCAUCAGAAAAAGCUGCAAUCAAUCAAAUCUGAUCAGAAAUCAUCAAACCCCCUUUUACAUGUCUAUGUAUUUAUUGAGAUAAAUGAUGAUAUGCAACAUUGUUUACAAGUCACGUUGUGAUAUAAAGGUAACACUGUGAAUUUUCAUCCGCUUCUUGUUAUGUAAUUAAAAAAGGAUGAUAUAAAUUCUGUGCCCAUUAACCUGCUGUAUAUAGUUUUUUUACUGAUGAGUAACAGAAACUGCUUUUAUACAUCAACACAAAGUUUGUCAUUUAUGCUGAACUUUGAAGCUGGAGUCAUCGUUUGUAUUUCUACUGUUCCUCAGAUGAAACCUUCAUGUGGAGUGAGGGCGUGUUUUCUCAUGACAGCUUUGUAUAAAGUGAAAAAAAUUUAUAAGUGACUUCCUUGUUGUUUUUGUCAUUUUUAUAUGUUUAUAAGGAAUAAAUUGUUACAUUCUGAA